AAGUUUCACCAAUUUACAUGAUCGACGUUUUUUUUAUUUCGAUGUUUUCAUAGUAAAUCGGACAGGGCCUUAAUACGAUAUAAUAAUUGAAUUCAUCUAAAGAAAGUCAAAGUAGCCACAUCAUUUGCUCAACGUGCCCUACGCAAAUAUCCAGAUACGGUGGGUGUUAUGUUUAUUAUGACAAUAGAUCCAAGUAAAAUAUCAACUUCAAUCACACCAUUUGCAAUGAUUGAUAACCACAGUGCUCUCGAAGGAGAACAAGAAGUACUAUUUACAAUGCACACUGUUUUUCGUGUUGGUAAAAUUAAACAGCCGACUGAGAAGAGUUGUCUUUGGGAAGUACCAUUGACUAUUACUGACGAGAGUGAUCCACAACUGGCUUGUCUUACUGAUUACAUCAAAGAGGAGGUUCAAGGUACGAGUGGAUGGAAAAGAAUGGGUAAAUUAAUGCUCAAAGUGGGUCAUUUCGAUCAAGCUGAGGAACUCUACAGUGAAUUACUCAAGAAUGCUUCUGAUGAUAGAGAUAGGGCAUUUAUAUAUCACCAACUUGGAUGGUUGAAAAAAAAUCAAGGUGAAUACCAAAAAGCAGUUACUUUCUAUGAAAAAUCACUCGCAAUCGAGCGAAAAACGCUUCCAGAAGAUGAUGCUUCAUUAGCGCCUACUUAUAACUGCAUCGGUCUAGUGUAUAACAACAUGGGUGAAUACUCGAAAGCACUGGAAUAUUACGAAAAAUCACAUAAAAUCUUAGAAAUAUCUCUGCCUCCGACUCAUCCCAAUUUGGCUUCUUCCUACAACAACAUCGGUCGAGUGUAUGACAACAUGGGUGAAUACUCGAAAGCACUGGAAUGUUUCGAAAAAGCAAUUAAAAUCUGGGAAAUAUCCCUGCCGAAAAAUCAUCCAAAUUUUGCAGUAACAUAUAGUGCAUUCGGAAGAGUGUAUAGGGGCUUGAAAGAAUACUCAAAAGCACUAAGUUAUUUUCAAAUUAGUAUUUCAAUUCGAGAACAAGCACUACCAGAAAAACAUCCUAACCGGGCUGUUACGUAUAGUGAUAUAGGUGAUGUUCAUCGACUAAUGGGUGAUUAUGAAAGAGCACUGGCAUUUCAUCAGAAGGCGUUAAAUAUUCAAGAGAAUGUAAAAUGUAAUCCACUUGAACGUGCAACAACAUAUAUGAAUUUAGGUGAAACUUAUCGCGAAAUGAAAGAUUAUACAACAGCAUUAACAUAUUAUCAAAAAGGAUUAGAAAUACGUGAAGAAAAACUCGCAAAAACACAUCCUGAUUUAGCUGUAAUAUAUCACAUUAUGUCGAAAUUAUAUUUCUCGACUCAAAAAUAUAGUAUGGCAAUGAAAUAUGUUCAACAAGCAGUUGAAAUUGGACAAGAAAAGUUACCUGCAACUCAUCCGCAUCUCGUAGAAUAUAGAGAAACAUUUGAAAAGAUUCGUAAGAAACAGUAA